CUCGCGCUCGCGCCAAACCGUCAGCUGACCGCACCUGACGUCAUCGGGCCGGCCCGUGACGGUGACGCGUCAGGUGGAACCACGUGAUUCGGCGGCAACCGGUCUUUCGACGUUAAGCGGAGGUCGCCUUGAGGUUGAAUGUCGUUGCGGUGGACGAGAGGGUUCGAGCGACCCAGAAUGUUUGGGGGAGUCUCGCAGUUUCCAUAAAUUACAUCCACCCUAACCCCAGCCAAUCCCAUCUAGAUCUACUGAUUAGAAUCAGAGAACUUUUGAGCGCUGUUUCAAAAAUCCAGGAAACCUGUAGCAGAGUCAGAUGCAGAGGUGAUUUGGGACUGUGGGACACUCUUUACCUGUGGCUCCAAAAGCUUCACGUUGGAAUUUUGCAGAUUUUGAAGAAAUAACUGGAAAGCAGAUAAACACAAGUCAUUUUGCAGACCGCACUGCUUCAAGAAUCAUCACUAUCAUCUCAGGAACAAUUUGAAAUGGGAUGAGGGUGUUGCUGGCCAGGAAGCGUUUAUUGCCCAUCCCUAAUUGCUCAGAGGACAGUUAAAAGUCAACUACAUCGCUGUGGGUCUGGAGUCACAUGUAGGCCAGACCAGCUGCAACAGGGAAAGAUGGGAGCAUUCACGCCCGGAACCUUUCACAAAAUUUACUUCAGCAAAGAGAUCAGAGGGGUGCACCGAACUGCACGUCUAUUCCACACUUUAAGGUUUAGGUUUGUGACAGGAGUGAGUGGUAUCCUGGAGUAAGGGGUGAGGUGGGGAGGAUAAGGAUGGCUGUCAAACCACACGGCUCCCUGCUGAAGAAACACAGCCAGACUGACCUGGUGAGCCGGCUGAAGAGUAGGAAAAUCCUUGGAGUCGGAGGUGAAGAUGAUGAGGGGGAAGUCCACCGAUCAAAGAUCAGCCAGAUGUUGGGAAAUGAAUUCAAGUUUGCUCUUCAUGAGCCAUUUGGACUCAGGUACUGGCAGUUCAUCUCAGCAGUCAUCUUUUCAGUUGCUGGAAUUCUGGCUCUGGUGUUUCCAAGAAUGCUGCAUAGUUGGCUGUUCCAUGGAGAUUACAAGUUCUCCUGCAUUGCAUCUCUCCGACUGCACAGUGGCGCAUUACUCAGCAUUGCCUUGAUCCUAUGGAAUGCCUUUUACACAUCCGAGAAGGCCAUUAUUCGAUGGACACUUCUAUCAGAGACCUGCUAUUUUGUUGUGGAGUUUCUAGUGACACUGGUUUCAGCCAUGGAUCAAGGCUUGUUUUCUCAGGAUGUGGGAUUCUUGCUCUUGAGUUGCGCAAUAUUUGGGGUCUUGUCACUUUUCUAUUAUUUACAAGUUGGACGGAAACCCAAAAAGAUCUAAGCCAUCAACCAACAGGAGGGACUCACAUCCGGCUUUCAGUGUGAAUUGAAACACUUUGAAUCAAGAGGCCCCAUUGACACACCCUCGCCCCCAACCCUGUGCCACCUUUGGCCAGCAGCACCCAUUAAGUGGCUGGUUUCUGGGGCGAAGUAUGAGUCAAUUUCCAGUGGGCAAGCAUGGCUACACACAUUCAAUAUAGGCAUGAAGUGAAGGCUAAUCUCAACCUCAGAGGAGGAGGCCUACAUAAGGGUUGUGAACUGUGGUUGUAGACAUCCUUUGAUGUAUGACAGUCAAAAAUGUGAUGGCUAGUCUUUUGAUGGCUGUAAACAUUGGUCUAUUCACCUGAUGUCGGAUUUGGGGUGCACUUGAGAGCAGAGGCUGGUGGUUUCACCUCCACAGAUUUGGUAUGAGGAGCUCCAAGAAAUAGCUGAUGUAAGAUGGUGCCGGGGAACCGAGGGAGGAGUGGGGAAACUCAGAGGGAAGGGGAGAAGCAAGUUAUGGAAGGGGUUAACCAAAGGAGUAGGGGGAGAGAAAAACUGUGGGGAGGGAUGUAACUGAGGGAGGAAGAAUAGAAUAACCGAGGGAGAGAGGUAUACAAGGGGGAAAACCAAGGGAGAGGGGAGUUAUUGAAGGAGGGGUUAGCUGGGAAAUCUGAAAGGGGGGAAAACCGAGAGUGGAGGAAAGGGGGGAAACUGAAGGAAUAAGACAAAGGGUAACUGAAGAGGAUGGAAGGAAAACUGAGGAAGGACAGAGAGAUGACUGCAGGAUGGGGAGGAAAAACUAAGGGGAGGGGCUAACAAAAGGAGAAAAUUGGGGAAAAGCGAAGGAGAGGGGAUUGAAGGGACGGAGAAAGGAAAACUGAGGGAGAGGGUUAAUCAAAGGCAGGAGGAGAGACGUAACUGAGGGGGGGGUGAUGGGAAAAUUAAGGAAGGGAGUAACCAAGGGAGGGAAGAGAGGCCAAUUUACAGAGGUAGGAAGAAAGAGGGAGGGGUAAUCAAGGGAGGGGAAGGAGCAAGACAAAGGAGAAACUGAGGAGAGGAAAACUGAGGGAGAGAAAAAGGAGAAACCUAAAAUGGGGGCAUUAAUGAGUUUGUAACUUUCUGUAAAUGUUUCCAUUCCAAAACAAACAAGUCCACUGAGAACUGGAACAUCAGUCAAAGCUCAAAUCUUCUCCCAGACACCGAAUUCUGAAUCACUAUGGGAGGGGCUGAGUAGAGAUUGUGUGGGUUGGGGGUCGAGACGGGGGCAGUGCGCUUCACACAAGCUGUAACCACGUUUGUUGCAAGAGUGUGGUUUUCAGUUUAACUUGCAAACAAUGGCUUUGAUAAAAAGAGACACUUUAACACACUCGCAUAUCUAGCUGCAAAGCCAGGUGGCAAACAGUUAUCACUGUCCCUUUCUCUCUGAGUUUCUAUUCUGUACCUGGGCCAAAUUCAAU